AUGGCAGAGACCCGGAUGCGCGGGGUGCCGCCAAUCAGGCGGAUGACUCUCUUUAACUCGGCCGUCCUUCUCGGAGCGAUCGUCUCGCGCUUGGCCAAUGGCCUGGCUCUCGGAGAACCGCCGGAUGGCAAGGCUUACUUGGCCGCCUGGACGGACGGCUCGGCGCCGUAUUAUGACUCGCCCUCGGCCUUCAAUCGGCGCAUAGGGCAGAACACGUAUGCCUUCCAGCUGGCACAGACGAUCCCGCUGACGCCGUACAACUCGACCACCGGGGCGGGCGGGCCGAUGGACGCCGGGCUGGUGGGCCGGACGGACACGGCGGCGGCGAUCUAUCUGACCGUCUACCCGCAAGCGAUCGGGCGCGUCAGCGAGCUGGACCUGCGGCUGCUGGCCCGCCAGCUCGCAGCCUACCAGGCCGCCGCGCCCCCCAGACAGGUCUUCCUCCGCUUCGCCCCGGAGAUGCAGGGCAGAUGGAUGCCCUACGGCCUCCAGCCCGCCGGCUUCCUCGCCCUCUGGAGGCGCAUGUUCGACAUCAUCAAGGCCACCGCGCCCCACACAAUCAUCGUCUGGGCUCCCAACGGCGCAAUGGGCUAUCCAUACGGAAUCCAACUCUCGGAUGUCUCCUCAAAAGCGGACCAGGAUCUCCUGGACACCAACAAGAAUGGUCAACUGGACUCGAAUGAUGAUGCCUAUCUGCCGUACUAUCCUGGGGAUGCAUAUGUAGAUUGGAACGGGAUCUCAUGGUAUUGGAAAGGGAACGAGUAUCCCUAUCGUGUCAACCAACUCGUGCCAUCCGGAUACACGGCUGGCGCAAUGACCGGCAAAACUCCUGCGGGCGCGAUCGGAGCCGGCGGGCCCCAGACAUUCACGAGUUUUUACGACACCUACUGCCAGAACAAGCCCUGCAUGUUUUCGGAGAUGGGAGCCGCAUUUCAUACCAAUUCGACAACAGCGACGAGCCCGGCCGUGAGCCAGCAGAGUCUCCAGCAAGCUUGGUGGCGCGACAGCCUGACGUCGAGCACGUUCAUGAACGCCUUCCCCCGGAUCAAGAUGUUCAUGCUGUUCGAGCACGAGAAGCCGGAGGACGGCGGCGACAUGAGAGACUAUCGGAUCGCGACCGACGCCCAAGUCCGCUCGGCUUUCCUCGACGACUUCCAAGCCGUCCAGUCUAGAUUUAUCUGGGCUGAUAACGCGACCGUGGCCCCAAAUGCAGCAGGGAAAGGAGCCAAGGGAUCCUCAACACGUCUGGACAGGUCGCUGGGAUGGCUGCUGUCUGUGGCUAUUGGAUCCACAGUACUGGUCCUGGAUUGGUAG